AUGUCUUCCAUCAUAUCAGGAUUCAAGUCCAAUGAUGACAUGGUGAGAUAUGAAACUGGCCUCCCAUCUUUUGCUGUGCUGGAGAAAGUGUUCGCAUUUGCUGGCAAGGACAUCCCCGACCACCACCGAGCGGCACUUCCGUCCUUUGCGCAGUUUAUUAUUGUCCUGAUGAAGCUGCGCCUCAACUUGCACGAUCAAGAUCUAGCACAUCGCUUCGGCAUCAGCCAGUCUACCGUCUCAAAGUACUUCCAUAAAUGGAUCCACGUCCUUUAUGGCAGGCUGCAGCCGUUGAUCAUCUGGCCAGAGCGCUCCGAACUGUACCGCACGAUGCCAUUGGAGUUUCGCGGACAUUUUGGGAAGUGCAUUUGCAUUAUUGAUUGUUUUGAAGUGUUUUGCGAAAGGCCACAUGAUCUGAUGGCCAGGGCUCAAACCUUCUCUAAUUACAAACACCACAACACGGUUAAAUUUCUUAUUGGUAUCACCCCGCAAGGCACUAUUUCCUUCAUCUCCAAAGGAUGGGGUGGCCGGACAUCGGAUAAGUACAUCACGGAGCAUUGCGGGCUGUUGGACAAGCUAUUGCCGGGUGAUCAGCUAAUGGCAGACCGGGGAUUCACGGUCAGUGAUGCCGUUGGCCUGCACUGCGCUGAGCUGGUCAUACCUCCGUUCACAAGAGGCAAGAAGCAACUGUCGAGAAUCAGCAUUGAGAAGGCCAGGAAGCUGUCUCGGCUACGAAUCCAUGUGGAACGUGUUAUCGGCAACUUGCGGCAGAAGUACACUAUUCUGCAGUCAACCCUGCCAGUGAACAUGCUGAUGAGUGAUGCCUCAACAGGAGUGUGCACCAUCGACAAGAUUGUCCUGGUGUGCUCUGCGCUGUGCAACUGCUGCGACUCAGUGGUGCCUUUCCAGUAG